GAAGCGGGGCCACGACUUCCGGAACUUCCGGCAGUUGCUCGUUGGGCUGCUGGCGGCUCAGCGCCUUUGCUCGCGAUGGCCGCGGCUGUCGCUAUGGAGACAGAUGAUGCUGGAAAUCGACUUCGGUUUCAGUUGGAGCUGGAAUUUGUGCAGUGCUUAGCCAACCCCAAUUACCUUAAUUUUCUUGCCCAAAGAGGUUACUUCAAAGACAAAGCUUUUGUUAAUUAUCUUAAGUACUUGCUUUACUGGAAAGAACCAGAAUAUGCCAAGUAUCUAAAGUACCCUCAGUGUCUGCACAUGUUGGAGCUGCUGCAGUACGAGCACUUCCGCAAGGAGCUGGUGAACGCGCAGUGCGCCAAGUUCAUCGACGAGCAGCAGAUCCUGCACUGGCAGCACUACUCGCGGAAGCGGAUGCGCCUUCAGCAGGCGCUGGCCGAGCAGCAGCAGCACAGCAACGCCGCCGGGAAGUGAGGGCCCCGCGGGCCACGCCAGGCCCUCCAGACGCGGACGUCCUGCUCUUGUGCCGUGAACAUGGACUCUCUCCAGCUGCCUUUGUGGGGUAGCACCUAGAACCUUCAGUGUGCUAUUUCAUCCAACUGACUUUUUAUUGUUAAUAGGUUACUUCUGUCAAACCAGAAUUUGUUGUACUUUGGUUUCCCUGUGGAUUUGUAAAUUAUUAUUAGUACUUAACCAACUGAAUAAAAACAGAAAUGUGAGGUGCUUUAAA